CAUCCGUCUUUUUGUCACCCAUGGAGGGUUGAAUAGCAUAAUGGAGGCCAUCCAGCAUGCUGUACCCAUAGUGGGGCUCCCCAUCUUUGGAGACCAGCCUGGAAAUAUGGUUCGAGUAGAAGCCAAAAAGUUCGGUGUCUCUAUUCCUUUCAAGCAGAUCAAAGCUGAGACAUUGGCUCUGACGAUGAAGCAAGUCAUAGAAGACAAGAGGUACAAGUCGGCAGCAGUGGCCGCCAGCAUCAUCAUGCGCUCCCACCCCCUGACCCCCACCCAGAGGCUGGUGGGCUGGAUCAACCAUGUUCUACAGACAGGGGGAGCAGCGCACCUCAAGCCCCAUGCCUUCCAGCAGUCCUGGUAUGAGCAGUACCUACUGGAUGUCUUCUUGUUCCUCCUGGUGGUCACCCUGGGCUCCCUGUGGCUUUGUGGGAAGCUGCUGGGCGUGGUGGCCAAGGUGCUGUAUGGGGCCAGGAAGCAGAAGAAGGCCUGA